AUGCGAGUAAUGCGACAGACAGCCAUGAAUGUUGUUGUCGAGACCAUCGACGACCCGCCUGCCGCGGGCGGACCACCGCAAGGAGGGGAGGACCACCACCACCAGCAGCAGCAGCAGCAGCAGCAGCUGCCUGUCAGGGAUGUGGACACCUCUGUCCCGAGUAGUGAGUACGAGCAGCUGAUUGUGCGUCGGAUAGAGUGGCUUGUUGAGUCGAGCAAGGUGAAUCUUCGGGAGUCUGCCAAAGUGGGCCGCAUCGCAUUUGGUGCUGUCUUCUUCCACCAAGGCGCACCUGUCGCCAUGACGUUUGCGAUGCUGCUUGUCUCGUGCGUGCUGUACCCGACGGUGCAGACCAUCACGUGCACGGCGCUCUUUUCUGUGCUGUACGCCCUCUGCAUGGCUGUGCAGGUCUACCUGCUGUGGGCCCGCAUCACGGAGAAGAAGAUGCGCACCGCUGCCGUUAUGGGCAAGGUGCUCGCGCGGUGGAUGCAGCGCGUUGCGGCAAUGACGCGGAUGCCGCGGCAGAGCCAACGCGAACGGCGCGCCGUCUUCUGCGAGUCGUCGGCGGUGUUGCCCGCCAAGGCGUUCCGCAUGGUCGCCGUCGUGGACGAGGUAACGGGGCGGCUGAAGCACAUCCUCAAGAGCCUCCUAGUGAAGGGCGCGAAGCGGCUUGACGAGGCGACGCUGAAGGCGCGCCGCUACGUGGAGCCGGUGGCGCUCUGCAAACUCAUCGAUGUGAUGCGCAUGACGUUGGAGGCUGACGCAAUUGUGUUGCGCCCGCUGCGCGACAAGGCGCGGCCGCCACGGCACCCCAACCUGCACAUCGCCAGCAACAGCACGAAGGAGGAGGAGGAGGAGGCGGACACCACCGACGACAGCGACCAUGACCAUGACCCGCGCAGCGACGUGAACGGAGCCAACACGAACUCCGUCUCACAGAAAAUGGAGUUCCUGACACACCGCAUAUUUUUGCUGAUGUGGGUGCUGGGCUUGCUGCUCAGCAUUAUGGCUGGAUGUAUCUUCUACGCGCGCGUUGAUGCGCCGAUAGGGGAGGGCGUCUUUCUGUACCCCGCCGUCGCGCUCCUUGGCAUGUUGCCGGUGAAUGCCAUUCUACUGAACCGUGUCCUGGUGCUAUACGCGAAUGUGUACCUCGACCGCCUCUUCCACCAACUCGUUGCGAAGCCAACGCACUCCCUCGACGACCGUAUUCCGCGCUUCUCGUUCCUCUCCACCAUGCAGGCGCUGCAGCGUGUGCUGUGGCGCCACCCCGGCCGCCCCCCACUGUGCUUUUCCUCUUCAAUGGUAGAGACACUGGGAAUGGCUACAGUUGUGGCGCUGCUUGACACCACCGGCAUCGUGACAGACAUGGCGCUGCUGCCGACACACAUGCUGAUGCUCAAGCGCAGCGAGCACCCCGAGGACUCGUCCAGUUCCGACGAUGAGAACAACGCUGGUAGUGGUGCCGUCAGCGUUGUGCAGGACGACGACGAUGCCACGCGCGAGCAGAGGCGUGAGAUAAAGACGCAGGUUCGGCGCAAUAAGUUCCAGAAGUCUCGCUUCCUGGAACUGCGCCUCACGCCAAGCACGCGCGACGACCUCGCGGUUCAGUUCGCCGAUGCGAAGGAGUUCGAAGAGCGGCAGACGAACGUGCACCCUGUUGUGCUGUGCCUGCUGCUCCACGCGCUGGUGCCAGAGCCGGAGAAUAUCGAGACGUGGACCGAGCCGCUGCGCUUCUGCGACAAGACACUGCGUUGGGCGCGCGCCACAUAUUGGAUUCCGCGCGCCUGUGGCUUUGACGACAGUAUCGCCGCAACGUUCCGCGUGAUUGCGCGCAUCUUCCAGUUCGACACGCAGACGCGGACGGGGUACCGCAACGAGUACCCCGAGCAGGCGUGCACGCUCCUGGUAGAGGGCGAGGAGGACCACGUUCUGCAUGCCUUCACAGUGGGUACGGUGUACAUGGUGACGCACAGCUGCCCGUUGCACUUCACCGGCUCCUCUAUUGAGGCACUCGACGUGGAGGUGCGCGCGGAACUCGUGCACGUGGGCAAGAGAGUGUGGGGGGAAGGAAUGGACCUCGAGACGGUGGCGGUUUCGCACCGCAUGCUCCCGGAGCAGUAUCGCAGCUGCGCUGAGCAGCUGCGGCAGAAGGGAAGAGGCGCCGGGUACCGUGAGUUCUUCUUCCACAAUGGCGUGCAGGUGACGGCAAAUGUCACGGCGGCUAAUACCAAUAGUGGACCGCCACCACAGCAAAAACACGAACAGGAACAUCAGCAAGACUUUUCCCCCACCGAAGGCGGCCCGAAGGUGGAGCCGAGUGGUAGUGACGGAAAGGCUUCUGUCCUUCCCGACCAGGCCACGUUGAAUUCCUCCCCAAAUGACGGCGACGGCGCCGCAUCACUCAACGACCUUCUUCAGUUUCUCGUCGGAAGCUCACAUGUCUUUCUCGGCCUCGUCGGGCUGCGUGACUCCGUUCGUCCCAAUGUGCAGAGCUCCAUGUCGGUGUUGGAGAAGGCUGGCAUUCGCUGCAUGUACUUCUGCGCCGACAACGAGCGGUGCACGAAGAGUUUCGGCAGCCGCCUCGGCCUCGAGACGGACUGGAAUUGCUGCAUCUCGCUAAAGGAGGGCGCCGUGAAGCUCGACCGCCACAGCAUCCGCGCACAGCUUCCCGUCGGUAUCCAGUCGAUCCGCAAGCACAUCCUGCACGUGGACCCGAUCCCGCUGCAGGUGAACAUGUUCUCGCACGCCCACAGCGCCUCCACGCGUGCGAUGCUGUCGAUCCUGCAAGACAACCACGAGGUUGUUGUCUCGAUUGGCUCCGUCUUCAACCACGGCAAUGUGCGAAGCUUCAUCCAGUCGGAUCUCUCCAUCGGCGUGCUGCCAACACGCCGUGGCUCCGUUGUGGAGAAGGAGGAGGCGCGGCUGCGACGCCUUGGUCGCGUGGUAGAACCGUCCAACUUCGGCGCCGCACACUCGCUCAACAGGGACCUGCCGCUCUACCGCAACGUUGCGGAGAUGAUUGCGUGCUCCUGCACCCUCUCCGCGUCACCGACGGCGUCGAUCCUACCAAUUGUCACGACGUUGAUUCGGCAGGCGCGGCUUCGCUUGAGCGGGAUCAGCAACUGCGUCGAGUUCACAUUGCAUGCGAACUUCUUCGUUACACUUGUGAAUGUUGUUGCGGUGAUGGCGGGAGCACCGCUGCUCAUCAGCCCCACUGCAGCUAUCUUUGAGCUGAACGUUAUCAUCCCGAUUCUCGCGCUCUCGUGCACCUACACUGCGUACGCGGACAUGGACCCAAUGAACACCAUCUCGUCGCGGCACAAUUACUUUGUGCGGCUCGCCAUCUUUCGUCACAGUGCUCUGGUAUGGUGCCUGCGCUAUAUCCCCUCAAUCGUCGCGCUGCUGCUGCUCGGUAUCACGUGUGGUGAGCGCAUGUGCAACAAGAGUGUCAUCGACCUCGCGCUCUCGGCGUCCGAUGCGUGCAUGACGUCUACGCGCGGCUACAUCGCGCUGACGCUGAACUACUGGCUGAUGAUCCAUAGCUGGACGCACAUGAGUCGCCACCAUCCGCUAUCCCCUGACCUUUCCUUCAAGACGCGCUACGGCAAGCGGUCAAUGUAUCUCUUCAAGUCCUUCCGCUGGGUCUCCGCGAGUGGUCUGGCGACAGUGCUCAGUGUCCUAUUCGUCAUUGUUGACACCUCACGGGUCGGGGUCAUAGGUCAGGCCUUCUUCCCAUCGAAGGUUCACUUCUUCGUCGCGCUGCUGUUUCCCGUCGUGCUUCUGCUGCUGGAUGUGCCGAUCAAAACAUGGCGGGCGCGGCGUUUUAGUAUGAUGCAGAAGUUCCGCCGACUCUCGUUUGGCACACGACUUGGGAUGCACUCCCCGCGUGGCGACUACGAGCCAGAGGGGGUGAUGUACACCAACAUGGAGAAUGAUGCAGAAAAGGACGAGGACCGCCCGCCAACGCUACGACAGCGUCUGCACGAUAUUUUCUACCGAUUCACUACGAUGCAGAGAGGGAAACUCGAGUUGAAUUGCGUCUGCUGCGAUCACAUUGGCGGGAACUAUGCGACGUAUCACGUCAACGCCAAUAACGUGUGA